AAGAAAUCUAGUUUCGAUCAAAUUAAAACUUAAAAAACAAAAUAAAAUCUUAUAAAUUCUUGGAUAAAUCUUUUGAUUUAUUCUUAAUAUAAAUAUCAUGCAAUUUACAAUGUUUAAUAUUGAAUAUAUAUCGAAAUAUAUCGACACGACAAAAUCAUUUUUUCUUUUCUUUGGUACAAAGAACUUUCAAUCCCUUCCAAUAAUUUUUUCAUCAUCCAUUUCGCAGCGAGGAGUUACUCGCACUGAUAUAUACUUAACUAUAUGCUCGAGACUGCGCUUCUGAUAAAUCGACGUUAAUCAAUCUUUCAUAACUAAAGCGAAACGCUUACGGAGGGUAAUAAAGGAAGUAUUUUCCGGAAAUAAACUUUGAUUACGCUAUCAAUUUAUUCUCGAUGCUUCAAGUAGCAAACUAUAUAGCGAUGCAACAUGUAAUAUUCCGUCCCACGACCCUUAAUUUGAUAAACGGUGAGCUUUCCGAGUUUCAAAAGAACGCAAGUCCCUGCGUCAUUACGUAAACUCCUUUAACCGAAUGCACAUCCGUCAUUCAUUUUACCAGCAAUUUUCAGCAAUAUUACGCGUAGUCGUUCGGCAAGCACUGUUAUUUUUACAUAUCCAUGAGCAUUCUAACAAGGAACUUGCGGAAGCGAACAACGAUCGAGGCAUCGUUGCUUCGCUAUCGCAUGUAUACUCGUCGCGUACGCAGGAUGCUCUACCUUGGGUGCGUCUUGCAAGAUAGAACACGUUCAGCAACUUGGUCAUAUAUCACAGGUUUUUUGGUGAUUCUCAUGUGCUUCAGUCAAUGUGUUUUCUUGAUAAACUUCUGUCGAGAUCAUACCGACAAUCUAGUGCUAAUCUUAAAAUGUUUCGGCAUGACUUGCAGUUUCAUCGCACCCGUCUUAAUGUCGGCUUGCUUCUUGGUAAAACGUAAGAAACUGAUGGAACUUCACGAAACGCUAAACGAACUUUUCGAACGGGAACUAGCUCGAGAUCAGGAAACCAAGACGACCGUGCUCGCCGCCGUUUGCGCGUUUGACAGACCGUCUUAUGUAUUAUGCUUCACCUUAGGAUCAACGGCACUGCUGGUUCUCUACCCAUCGCUGAUCUCUAUAGUUCACCAGAUCAUUCGUCGCGAAGAACCCAAGAGAUACAGACUUCCGCUCCCAAAUAAGUUCCCGUGGCCUGUGCCGGUCGACGGUGGUGUCUCUUUUUACCUGCAUCUCCUGUAUCAGAUAUUCACUCUUUGGUGGGUGGUCAUCACCGUCGGCAGCGUCGACAGCCUCUUUGGCUAUUAUGCAUUUCAGAUCUCCUCGAUACUACGAGCUAUGUCUGCUAGACUAGCAAAUCCACGUAUUCGAGAGGUAUUCACGGAGAGCUUGGCUACAUGUAUACAAACGCAUCACCGAUUACUGCAAUGUGGCCACAUACUGAGCGAUAUCUGGGGUCUAAUAAUCAUACGGAUGGUGGUCAUGAACGCUUUACUUAUAUGCGCAUUAAUUUUCGAAGCGAGCCCGUUCACCCACUUGACAAUCAGCAAGAUCUUCUUGUUCAUCUCUUACAUGGCAUUGAAAUUGCUACAAACGUUCAUCUACGCUUGGUAUGGCAGUCUCAUUACAAGUGCGAGUGAACACUUUCGUGAUGGAAUAUAUUUUAGUGAAUGGCCCGAAUCCAGCCUUGAUCGUAAUAUCAGGACAAAUGUUAUUUUGACGAUGAUGCAAAAACCGAUAAUUAUAAAAGCAUUAAAAUUGUCUUCCGUGAAUGUCAACAUGUUCACUACCGUAAGUGUCAAAAUAACAAUUUGUCAUAUGGAUCAUCAGCUUGUCAUCUCGUGCGAAUUUUUCGAUUUUUAUUGUGCGAUCAAUUUUAGCGAAAUUUUACUUUCCUGCGAGGAUACAAGUCUCAAUAUAAAUUUGAAAAUUAGAAAAAAAUACAUACUUUUAAAAUUUUAAGCUAAUUGUAAGAAAUUUUUAAAAACUAAUUUGAAAAUAAUUAAAAUGACUUUAAAUAAAAUAUUUAUUGUAUUUAAUCAGUAUUUUAUACUGAUAAUAACUAAUUCGUCGUCUUCAUUAUUAGAUUGUAAACACCGCUAUGUCCUAUUUCUUUCUCUUGCAAUCUUUGGACGAGGAUAGAUAAAUAUGGAUGUCACGUACCAUUUUUGUAAAUUUCAAAAAGCAUGUAGUACUAUGUGAAAAAAAUAUGUAAUUAAGA